AUGGUGGUCGGAAACAACAGCAAAGGCAAAACUAUGCUGGAUUUCCGACGAGCUGAGCUGAUUUCGACAACGUGCAAAUACAAUGCUUCUGCAACUGUAACUUUGUUCUGGCAAUGAGAGAACGAAAAUACUUCGCCAGGUACUCCAAGGGUAAAGUCGUUUGCAAUAUCAGCUGCUGAUAUUGCACUUCUUGAUGCCCGUAACUUCUCGCUGUAG